AUGGCCAACCAACAACCCGAAGACGCGACAAAACCAGAACCCACAGCCAAAGUCCGGGGCUUAAAGGAAAGGCGACGAGCUCCCUCUUUCUUCAUGUCGCCCACGGCAACCUGGAACCUCUACCGUCACAACCCCUGGUACCUGUCCUGGCAACAAGAAACCUGGGCCAUGAUUUUUUCCGUCGCGUGUUUAGUCGCCGUCGCAGUGAUUAUGGCGUGGAUAGAUGGGAAAAGACUGUCCAUCUGGCACUGGGCUAUUCAGCCCAACGCCGUCAUUUCCGUGUUGAUUGUAUCUUCAAAAGCGGCUUUGAUGAUCAGUACAGCGAGUUGUGUUUCCCAACUCAAAUGGACGCAUUUUCAACAGCAGCCGAGGAAACUCAAGGAUUUGGAAGGCUUUGAUGAUGCGAGUAGAGGUGCCUAUGGAAGUCUGUGUUUGCUGAUGAGCAAGAGUGGAUACCUAAAUGUUGCCGUCACACUGGGUUGCGCGGUGACAGUGUUGGUGCUCGCCAUGGAAACUUUCGGUCAGCAGUUGUUGAGUUUUCCUGAGAAACGCAUUGCAGUAUCCAACGAAACUGCUUCAUUUCCGGUCAUCCAGGAUAUGCUGCAGAUGCCGUAUUGGGGUGAUAACGCGAGGUUGUCCGAUCGAAUGUUGCAAUCAAGACUGGGCUUGAUGGAAAGUAUCUACGGGAAGACCACGGCUUCGCCAUUCGAUUGCCCUGCGUCUUCAUGCUCUUGGGAUUCUCAUGUCACUCUUGGUCUUUGUUCGAGCUGUCGAGACAUCGCUACGACUGAAAGCGCUUGCAGGUACAAGAUCUCUUCGCACUUCGACGGAUGGGCGACAUACAACAGCACCUUCCUGGAAUGUGACUACGCUGCAAGCGGUGAGUUCCACUCUGAAGGAGGAGGUGGCAAUCUCACCACUAUCAGACGGAAAAAGGCAGAUGAGGUCCUAUACCCAGGUCUCCCGGACGUUAACAAUGCAUCUGCCUGGGAAUACAAUACUGCGAUCAACAUCAUCACCUGGUUCAACGAAGGAUUCUGGUACAAAGGUCAACCCGCAAUCGCCUUGAACUUCAGUGUGAUCGUCACGAACGAUACGUGGGAACAGCCACAGAUCACCACCUGUACACUGCAGUUCUGCGCGUGGGUAUAUGAGAAUUCGACUGCUCAAGGUCAAGACUUUGAUGAUGGCAAGCUGGAAAAGUAUCCUCUGGGUUACGAGUCGAUACAGUUGCACCAGAGUGGUCAUGGAAUGCCUCUAAGUUAUUCUUACACCAACUACACUUUUCGGGCCAAUGGUACUGGUUUUCCGAGCGACAAACACAACGACACAUUCAAGGUGUACGGAGAUGCAUAUACCGAGUUGAGCAGUCAUCUGGGAACCAUUCUUGACUCGUCAACCUACGACUACUCAGCCGGCUCCAAUGCGUCCUCGGCAGGUUUGGGUAGUGCCUUGAUCAUGAACUCGAACAUAACGGAGCUCGGUGAUAGGAUGGCUAUCAGCUUGACCAACGUUUGGAGGCAAUAUCAAAACAUACCGGCCAUAGGUACAGCAUGGGAGUCCGUCGCUUUCAUCCAUGUCGAAUGGGCGUGGCUUGCAUUACCAGCUAUGGCAGUCAUGAGUGCCGGUAUUGUUUUGCUUAUGACUACUCUGCAGAACCGAAGAACAGUUCUAUGGAAAUCAUCCGUUCUUCCGUAUUCUUUCAGGGUCUUGCAUGGGUGGGAUGAUACCGAGUUCGACAGCGAGACUCUUGAAGAGAUUAGAGAGAGGGCGAAGGAGAUGACUGGCCAACUUGUAGGAGACGAGAAAGAACGCGUGAGGUUGGUCAAAUCGUGUGAUUAG